AUGUUUUCUUGUGUCGUGGCGGGCCGACUGCCAUUGCCCCCGCCACAGCAGAUCGAUGCGACGCAUGCCGUCUUUCAGCUAGAGGAGGCGAGCCACAUCAACCACCUAGUCGUCUUCAUGACGGGCGAGCAGGCCUUCCCCGAAGGAUACGGCGCCACCGUGCACCUCAUGUGGCCUCGCGACAACCCAGCGGAAGCGCCACCCACUUGGCAGCUCCUUGGGUGCCUGCAGAACACCAAACCCUCUGCCAUCUUCCGCAUUCGUGAUCCUAAGCGCGAUCAGCUGCAGCCGCGCACCGCGACGCUAGGCAUCAGUAUCGAGACCCUCGACGAGGUGGAGCGCCAGAUGCAGACCCUGGCCAAGCCGCCCGAACAAGCUCUUACGCGCCCACCGACCAUCACACAAGCGGCACAGCUUACCAUACCAAUCGCCCAAAAUGUAUUUGCGUAUCUAUCGUCGUUUGCGCCUGACUCGGCCCCCCAGGCCGUGCCGUUGCUACAGCGAUGGCUCGAGCAGUUUGAGCGCAAGUUGCAGUCCCAAGGCCUCGAUUUCCUAUUGCGUAAUUAG